UUGCGCGUCAUCGGGAAGCCGUUUCACCAUCUCUGGAGUAGCGAGUAACACUUUUUGCAAUUUUAAAUUAAAUAAUAAAGGCGACCGCCGAGCUGCUAAACCAGGUUUUACACUGCUGCCAUUGCUGAAGAGUCUAGUUUAGGUGCCAGUCGCUGGAAAAGCAGAAAGUGCAACGCGUGCGAGCGAAAAAGAGCCCGAGGAAUAAGAAAAAGAAGAAGAAGAAAAGUGAAAGCCCCCAGAAAAAGUACAAAAGAGCGACAGGGAGAGCAGAGAGCGAAAGAGAAAGAGAGUCUGGACGAAAAACGAUUUUUUCAGAGAACACCGCGAAUUUCAGUGGCCCAAAACCAGGUUACCAAGAACGACUGGAGAGGAUUACCAACGAGAGCUGCAGCGCAACGCCGUCAAGAUUCUCGGGCCCAUCUACCUAAGCGACGGCCACCAGGACGCAGAAGCCACCGCCUCCGCCACCGCCAGCAACUACCUACGCUACAGCAGCCACAGCUCGCCACUAGCCGCCACCACGCUCCACCACAAACAGCCAGCAGCCAUCAUGUUCGUCAACUCGAUGACGUUCCGCGGCAACCCGGCGAACUACCACCAGCAGCAGCCGGCGCUGAACCACCACACGCUGGCCGCGGCCGCCCACCACCAGCAGCAGCUGCAGCACCACCACCACCACCUGGGCCACGUGGGCGCCGUCCUGGGGCGGCACACCGCCGGCGGGCACACCGCUGGCCAGCACACCUCCGGCUCCUCGCACUCGCACUCGGCCAAUGUGGGCGGCGGCGUCGGCGGCGGCGCCAAUGUGGGCGGGGCCCUGGCCAGCGGCUCCACCGGUGGCUCCACCGGCGGCGGCAACAGCUCCCCGGACAGCGGCAAGAUCUACAUCAAGAACCUGGAGCGGUCCAUCGACAACAAGGCCGUCUACGACACGUUCUCCGUGUUCGGCAACAUCCUCAACUGCAACGUGGCCAAGGACGAGGACGGCAACUCGCGCGGCUACGGCUUCGUGCACUUCGACUCGGAGGAGGCCGCCCGGGCGGCCAUCGAGAAGGUGAACGGGAUGCUGUGCAACAACCAGAAGGUGCAUGUGGUCAAGUUCAUACCGCGGCGGGACCGGGAGCAGGAGAAGGCCACGCACUUCAAGAACCUGUACGUGAAGAACCUCAGCGAGGAGUUCACCGAGCAGCACUUGCGCGAGAUGUUCGAGCCCUACGGCCGCAUCACCAGUCACAAGCUCAUGCUGGACGAGGAGGGGCGCUCGCGGCGCUUCGGCUUCGUGGCCUUCGAGAAUCCCCAGUCGGCGCUGGCCGCCGUGAUCGGGCUGCACGGCAAGCAGCUGGGCGACAACAAGUUCUUGUACGUGGCAAGGGCCUUGAGCAAGGCCGAGCGGCAGCAGGAGAUCAACCGCAAGCUGGAGGAGCGCAAGCGCCAGAAGGCCGGCCAGAUAUUCUACUACUAAGGAGGCAGCUGAUCCAAGGACAUCGCUAGGAGUUGACUCGGAACCCCAAACACACGCAUACAAUAUACACCCAUAUAUAAACCUAUAUAGAUAUUUACGAGAAAUUGUAUCGAGCAGCUAGGCGAACAUUCAGGCAGCAGAAACGCAGGAAUCUCCUGCACAUUUACAUUUAGACGUAGGCAAAAAGUGUUGCAACACAGUUGAAAUUUAUAGAAACACACACAGGAAGCGAAAGGAGACAAACUCUCAGUCGAAAAGGAUUUUCUAGGCAUUAGGACAACAGUUUCUUAGCACUCACUAGCGUUUUUUUGGAAUUAGAUGUUUGUCUUUACUGUUGAAUUUAGUGAGCGAGGCUUCGCUGUCAGCUUCUCGCCUGAAGAACACACAUUGCGUACACGUAUUUCAAAUGUAUUUACCCACACACCCUUUGGCAUUAAGUCUAGAUCGUGCGAUCGCCACUAGAGCUACGCCCAGCGCGAGUCCUGGGCAACAUAUGAAUAUUUACACAUACCUAUUAUAUAUUAAAACACGAAAAAAAAAGAAAAAAACGAACAAAAAAAUACAAUUGAUGUAACCCCUAUUAACAAUUGAUGCACUCACUCUACGCAUAUACAUAUAUAUUUAAAGUAAACCACACGCUGUAGUUAAAAAGCGUUUAUAAUACUCACACACUCUACGCUAUAACUAACUUUUGACGCGGAAUCAAGUGCAACCAUUGCGAAAGCGAACCCUACACGUAAUUUAUAGAGUAGCCGCAAGUGCGGAUUAGAUCGGAGCUGAACAGAAAAUGAAUUAGCAGGAGGGACAGUACAUGAGUAUUAAAAUUUUAGCGAUUACAAGACAUUUUUGUAAUUAAUUGUACAUUGUUUCAAGUAGCAAAAACGAUAAUGAAACCACAAACAGGACCGCAAGACAGCCGUAAUGUAACGAGAGCGAAAAGGAAAAUCUAAUUGAAUAUAACCAAUCCAAAAGUGUACACAAUGCAAUGUUUAAAAUCUUUUAGAAUAUUAUUACGAAUACAAGGCACGAAAAAAGAAAUCCCCAAGAGAGAACCAGUUCGGCCCAUGGCAAAUUAAUACCGAAACCGAAACGAAGGCAAAUACAUACAUAAUUUAAGAUUAUUGAGCUUAAUUUUUAAAAUGUUUCCAAGAACAGAAAAAACAAAAGUAAUGAGAAAACCAAGAAUAUUAAGAAAACCAAACAAACAAUGCUAAAACUAAAACUCACUCGAAAUUUGUAAGAUUCAAGUUUUGCGUCUAGACAUACACACAAUGUAUAGUUAAAACAGUACCACAAGAGAACAAAACAAAAAUGAACAAAAAUUACAAAAAAUAGUUAUAAAUGAUGGCAAUAUUUAGGAUGGCAUAAUUAAUGUAACCCUCAUUUGACAAUAUUUAUUUUCCAUUACAUUCAUUUCCAGCUUAGGUUGCCCGCCCCCUGAUCUUUGAUCCGCAGGUUUUUACCUCUCGGGGCUGCGGGCGAUAUUACGAUUCUAGUUUUCAGGACAAAAGUAGGAUUAGGCCUCCACACUCUAACUCACACAGAACAUAUGCAAUAUGAAUUUACAAGACAAGCAAGAGAAAAUUAUGCAAUUGAAUAAUAUUUACACAAAUGUACAAAACAAAAGAAGAAAGAAAAUGAAAUUUAUUUUCCUUUGCCAAGCAAAUACGACAUACUUCUUAUUAUUAUUACAAAUUAUAAUUGUAAUUGAAACUUAAUUUUUUUGGUAAUUGCUUUUGCAGAAUUUACCUAAACAAAAUAAAACAAACAAGCGAAAAGAAAAGAAAACAAAAAGAAGAACCCUUUUAUAGUGCUAAAUUUUUAGAGAGUACAAGAAAUGUUAAUUCAGUCUUACAAAAUUAAUUGAUAAACCACACAAAUCGAGUCCCAUUUCGAACACGCAACACCACACAUAAAUUUACUCAAUUUCGCACCUUUGCUAAAUGAGACAUUACAACACACCUGCAUUCGAAUUCGAUUCUACUCACGAGAACCUAGUUUUUAUUUAAAUCUUUUGCUUGGACCGGGGAGUGUGUGCCCUCGAGAGUCCCAUUUUAAUGACUAGCAAACCCCACACAAGCAGCACAGAUAAUACUGAACACAGAUGGCGUAUAAUAUAUGCAUUAUAUAUGUAAUUCCAUUGAAACGAAAUCCUAAUUAUAACAUAUUACAAAAUACCUACUUAUUAACAAACCUAAAAAAAAAACAAAAAACCAAGCGAAAAUGAACAAGAAAAUGGAAAAACAUUUAAUGAUGAAAAUCAAGAUGCAGUGAGCAGAGACAUGUGAAACUUGAAUAAAAAUGCUUUUGCAAAAAGUGUUUGAAAUUGC